AUUCUGGCCCCUGAAAAGGUGUAGAAUAUAUUUUAACGUGGACCGUGGUGAAUUUACCAUCAGAGGCACUUGGCCUGCGGCUGCCCUCCCUAACCGCUUUCUUGGUACAGCAAGCUUGACUUGAGAAAUCACUCUUCUCGGAAUCCCAGUUCCUCAACUGAAACAUAGGAAACUACUUUGCUUCGCACUUUUUCAUGGGAGGCGAGAAAUUCGACACCCCCCACCCUGAAGGUUACCUCUUUGGCGAGAACAUGGAUCUGAACUUCUUGGGCAGCCGUCCGGUCCAGUUUCCCUAUGUCACUCCCGCCCCCCACGAGCCCGUGAAGACACUGAGGAGCCUGGUGAACAUCCGCAAAGACUCGCUGCGGCUUGUGAGGUACAAGGACGAUGCUGACAGCCCCACCGAGGACAGCGAGAAGCCCCGGGUGCUCUACAGCCUGGAGUUCACCUUCGACGCCGACGCCCGCGUGGCCAUCACCAUCUACUGCCAGGCGGUGGAGGAGUUCCUGAACGGCAGGGCCGUGUACAGCCCCAGGAGCCCUCUGCUGCAGUCCGAGACCGUGCACUACAAGAGAGGGGUGAGCCAGCAGUUCUCCCUGCCCUCCUUCAAGAUCGACUUCGCCGAGUGGAAGGACGACGAGUUGAACUUUGACCUGGACCGAGGCGUGUUUCCAGUGGUCAUCCAGGCCGUGGUGGACGAGGGAGACGUUGUGGAAGUGACUGGCCAUGCCCACGUGCUCUUGGCUGCCUUUGAAAAGCAUGUGGACGGCAGCUUCUCCGUGAAGCCGUUGAAGCAGAAGCAAAUCGUGGACCGGGUCAGCUACCUCCUGCAGGAGAUCUACGGCAUCGAGAAUAAGAACAACCAGGAGACCAAGCCCUCGGAUGACGAGAACAGUGACAACAGCAACGAGUGUGUGGUGUGCCUGUCUGACCUGCGGGACACGCUGAUCCUGCCCUGCCGCCACCUGUGCCUCUGCACCUCCUGCGCGGACACGCUGCGCUACCAGGCCAACAACUGCCCCAUCUGUCGGCUGCCUUUCCGGGCCCUCCUGCAGAUCCGGGCCGUGCGGAAGAAGCCGGGAGCGCUGUCCCCUGUGUCCUUCAGCCCGGUGCUGGCGCAGAGCCUGGACCACGAGGAGCACUCCUGUCCCUUUAAAAAAUCAAAGUCGCACCCUGCCUCCCUGACCAGCAAGAAACCUAAAAGGGAAACAAGCUCCGACAGCAUCCCGCCUGGCUACGAGCCCAUCUCCCUGCUCGAGGCGCUCAACGGCCUUCGGGCCAUCUCCCCGGCCAUCCCCUCGGCCCCUCUUUACGAAGAGAUCACCUACUCGGGCGUGUCGGACGGCCUGUCCCAGGCCAGCUGUCCCCUGGCUGGGAUGGAGCGGCUUGCGGAAAGCAGCCACCAGAAGGGCAAGCCGAGGAGCAAGUCUCCUGACAGCACUCUGCGGUCCCCAUCAUCCCCCAUCCAUGAAGAGGACGAGGAGAAGCUCUCGGAGGACUUGGACGCUCCGCGCCCGCCGAGCAGCACAGGGCUGGCACCUCGGGAGAGCAGCUCCCCCGAGAGUUUCGUCACAGAAGAGGUGGAUGAGUCUUCAUCACUGAAGCAAGGGAGCCGAGUGCCGUCCAUCGAGAACGUCCUGCAGGACAGCAGCCCUGAGCACUGUGGCUGCAGCCAGCCGGGCCCACCUGCCGACAUCUACCUGCCAGGAUGGUCCACCUCCAUGGAGACGCCCCGCAGCCUCAGCACCACCGGCCCGCCCUGGCCUCCACUUGGUGGCCCCAGUGCCGAUCCUGGUGCCACCGACUUGACCCCACUCUGAGCGCCUGGCCAGGCUGGUGGCGUGGAGCCUUCAGCUCCCCCAGACUUUCCUGAGGGGCUGCCCCGGCCCCCAGUGUGACCCGGCCUCUCCUGUCUGCACACCCCCUGUGGCCACCAGGCUCCGAGGGGCCACGACGACCCUUGAUCAAAGAGCACAGUGGACUGCCCCUCCAGACCCCUUUUUUGUAUGGUUGAUAUGUUUGUAAAUGGUACAAAAUGAAGGACAGCAGCUUUCUAGCUGGCCUCUAGGCCUGGGGUCCCCCAGCCCUGUGGGCUGAGGCCAGGUCUGGUGCUGGCCGACUACCCACAUGCAGCCUGCAGCAGCGGUGCCCGAGGACUCAGAGACGAAUUUAUUGUUGGGUGAAGUGCUGUCUUCACAGACGUCAGGGGGUGGCAGGGGGCCCAAGUCUCGGUCAAUGAAGGAAACAGUGUCUGUCCGCCCACGCUGUGUGUGUUGCCACAGCGGCCUGUUUGUGGCUGUUGCCUUCCACCCUUUGCUGUUUGUGGCCCUGGUGGCACUCCCAGGCCCACCUUAAGGCCCAGCCCCCUGCUCUGAGCCUGGGGUGCACGGGCACCGCCUGCCCCCAGCCCUUCCCCGGGCACCAUGGCAGUGUCCAGCCCAGGGUAGAGGUGCAGCUGUUUGCUGCGAUUGGUAUCUGGUGGCCUCUGGCCCAGCCGUGCGCCUGCUCAUGGGUGCUGGCUUUUGUCUGUCUUCAGGCCCUUCCAGGUGGAGGGGCUUCCGCUCAGCCAGCAGCCAUCUGCUGGGGGAUUCGGUAGCUUCCUCAGCUCCCCCCUAAACGUCCCUCUGCCUUUCUCUUUGAUUUGUUCUGUCUGGGACUUUGGUGGCAGGACCAGCCUGGGGAAGCAGGGUCCUGUUGUGACAUUUGGCCUCUGAGGGACCUCAUCCUUUUUGUAGGAUAAACCUCCUGGCAACAGAAAGGAAAGGGGGUGCCCAGGCCCGGUGCCCCAGUGCCAGACCUGCCCCAGCAGGGCGUUGAGCCAGCCGGGGUGUGCAGCUCCCCUGGCCAGGGAGGGCAGGGGCCCGUGCCUGGAGCCUCAGCUGAGUCCAGGGGAGGCAUGGCUGCGGGACAGCCCGCAGCAGUCCGCUGGGCUCCGCAUGUCCCGGCCCGGCCUAAGGCUCAGGGUUGCUCCGAGCACCAGCUCUGCCCUGUGGGACGCUCGGGAGACAAACCCACAGUGGCCAGCCGUGCCCUGCUUGGGCCCGAGUGGAGUGCGCUCUUCGCACCCGGCUCCCUGUGUGCCCAGGCCAGCCUCCCCCCCCACCCCCAUCCCCGCCAUCUGCUGUGUGCGCGUGCGCACAUGUGCACACACAUGCAAACGUGCACACGUGCACACACAUGCAAACGUGCACAUGCAGGCUGGCCGUCUCCGUCCCUCACCCCAGCAAGGCCCAGCCUCGCGUCAGUGCUGGUGCCAGAGCUCUGUGUGGGUGGCUGCAGACGGGCCCGUCUGUGACUUCCACGUGCUGUCAUCUGGUGUGCUCGGAUGGGCCCGUGCAUUCGUUUUUACUGUAUAUUUAUAGUAAUAAAAUCAUGCAGCAAUA